AUGUACCUGUUAAAUAGAUACGAUGCUAAAAACACUUUACAUGUUACAACUUGGGAUUGGCUUCUUAAUUGCUGCGCAUUCCUCAGUAUAGAAAAUAACGAAAAAAAAACUUUUUUCCGACCUUUAGAUGCUGCUAGCAAUGACUAUUCGAUUCCAAAAUCAUUUAGUUCCCAAUGUCAAAGAGCGCAAAAUGAAAAUCAUACAAACUGUAGAGGUCAAAAUGAAUAUUACGAGAACUGUGCGGUCACAACAGACACUGCGGACAAUUAUCCGUGCACUGUUGGAUGUCAAUGUUUUGAAGGUUAUGCAAGAAAUGGCAAAGGAAAGUGCGUUCUCGACAGAGGUGAAAUAGCGUGUGGCCCGAACGAAUUUUAUUCUGAUUGUGUUAACGGUGGUUGCGGCAGGCGCAACUGUUCGCAACUACGAUGGCCUGACCUUUGUAUCGACAUAGCCGAAGAAUAUUGUUUAGAAGGGUGCGUUUGUAAGGAUGGCUAUUUGCGAAAUAACGAUGGAGAUUGUGUUCCAAUCAAUUAUUGCCCAGAAAAAAAUAAUACAAACUGUAGAGGUCAAAAUGAAUAUUACGAGAACUGUGCGGUCACAACAGACACUGCGGACAAUUAUCCGUGCACUGUUGGAUGUCAAUGUUUUGAAGGUUAUGCAAGAAAUGGCAAAGGAAAGUGCGUUCUCGACAGAGGUGAAAUAGCGUGUGGCCCGAACGAAUUUUAUUCUGAUUGUGUUAACGGUGGUUGCGGCAGGCGCAACUGUUCGCAACUACGAUGGCCUGACCUUUGUAUCGACAUAGCCGAAGAAUAUUGUUUAGAAGGGUGCGUUUGUAAGGAUGGCUAUUUGCGAAAUAACGAUGGAGAUUGUGUUCCAAUCAAUUAUUGCCCAGAAAAAAAUAAUACAAACUGUAGAGGUCAAAAUGAAUAUUACGAGAACUGUGCGGUCACAACCGACACUGCGGACAAUUAUCCGUGCACUGUUGGAUGUCAAUGUUUUAACGAUUAUGUAAGAAUUAGCAAAGGAAAGUGCGUCCGCAACAUAGGUGUAGAAGGGACGACUACUCCCAAAACCACAACGACAGCUGAUAUAUCACCGUCAAAUAAUAAGGAUGCUGCCGAUAUUGCUGCAGAUAAAAUAUGGCAAGCCAAUGCAGAUUUCAGCGGACAAUUCUUAAAACUA